AUGACUUUCCCCUCUGAUGGAGUGUAUACUAUCCGAAACGUCGGCAGAAACCUCAUGCUCGAUCUGAAGAGCGACAGCACCGCUGAAGGCAAUCAGAUUCAAGGCUUCACCAGCAAUGGCACUGUGGCUCAACAGUGGGUGAUCAAGAAACAAAACGAGGCAGGGUCCGUCAACAAAACUGUCAGCAUUCAGUCCAACAACUGCGGCAACAAUGGAAAUGGAUGCUUCGCUACUGCGAGACAGGAUUCAGAUGAACCAGUCGUUUAUACCAGGCAGGCGUUUAUCGUCGAUCUUGUUGCAUCCAAGGACAAUACUUUCACGUGA